GGAGCUGUCUAAUGCUUUGUUUGUAAUGUGGAAGUUGGAGUGGAGUACUUUGUCGUCCACCGAGAGAAUCUACGGUCAACCGUAUCGUCUUUUCGUUGGUCUGUAGCUCGAGCAACCCUUUACAUUGAAAUACCUUCAAGGCAAAUCUACCUAAAUGUUGACACUGGAGGUGACGUAAGUCAUUUCGGAUUCGCGUAGCAGCAAUUUACAACUUCGGUUUGGAUCGACUUGUUGCUGUUUACACUGUAGUACGAAUCAAAAAGUUUUUAUUGCUACACUUAGCUUUUGCCUAAGGAGUUUUAAUGCGUUCUGAGUCAACUCCGAGCUGAAUUUGAAGGUUGAACCUGACUCGUCAUAUCCAAUGACUACAGUUAAUUGUAGCAGUAAUGAGGAGCUGGACUUCGGACUUACUUUCGGGGUAGACACGCAACAACAUUCGCUAGGCCCCGCAGGUGGAGAACCUGAUGACAGCACACCUUACUACACCCAAGUUUUGGCCAACCAACCUACCGGUCAACAUCCAUCUCCACCUACUUUCCAAGACCCCAGUAGCAUCCACCGGCACCAACCUAGUUAUGAAGUCCACAGUUCCCAAUACAGUUCCUUGGGGCACCCCAAGGCAUUCGACUGCCCAAGCAUCCAGAUUACCUCCAUAGCCCCUAACAGUCACCAGGAGGCGGGAAGCUGUCACAAUGCAGUGCCAGCCAGGGGGCUGGAGGGGGAACGCCCUGGCCCUGACAGGUCCUGGUCCAGGGACCACCUGUACCUGCCUCUGGAGCCUGGCUACCGGGACGCCACCCUGAGCCCCAGUCCCUGCAGCAGCCUGUCCUCCCGCAGCUGGCUGUCCGACCUCUCCUCCUGCGAGUCUUUCUCCCACAUCUACGAUGACGUGGAGGCUGAGCUGAACGAGGCGGCAGCCGGGGUCACUCUGGGGUCUCCGUUAGCCUCUCCUCUCCCCUCUCCCGGCUGUGGAGGCGGGGCGUUCGGCGUGGAGAUCUGGCAGCUGCAGUACCAACACCCUCUCAAUUCCCUCUCGUCUUACCAGUCCCCGCGCCAGUCACCCUGCGCCUCCCCACGCCACUCCCCUCGCACCAGCGUCACGGACGAGAACUGGCUCAACCCUCGCCCGCCCUCCCGGUCAUCCUCCAGGCCCACGUCACCCUGUGGGAAGAGACGGCACUCCAGCGCUGAUGUCGGCGCCCGCUCCCCCUCCCCGCACCACUCUCCAAGCCCCACCCCGGGACACUCCCCCCGGGGCAGCGUGACGGAGGACACCUGGGGGGGCAGCCCUGCCGCUGGCCUGAUGGACGUGGAUGUUCCCUCCAAGACCCGGAGGACCUCCAGGGCCCACAUGGUUCUUCUGGCAGGACAGGGGGACUCUGGGCUGGACGACCCAGGAAUAGGGCUGCCUCAGCUGGACUCAUCUGUGGAGGAAUGUGUGGCCGGUCUAAACCAGGAUGGUCUGGCCGAGUUGUUCCUCUCAGUCCCCUCACACUUCACCUGGAACAAACCCAAGCAGGGCAACCCUCCACUUUUCAGGCUCUCAUCUCCACCCUCUCUAGACUGCCCCCUCCCCAGCCAGGACGGCCAGUAUGAGCUGAAGAUCGAGGUGCAGCCCAAGGCUCACCACCGGGCCCACUAUGAGACCGAGGGCAGCAGGGGAGCCGUCAAGGCCGUCUCCGGGGGACACCCUGUCGUUAAGCUUCUUGGCUACAGUGAGACACCAGUCAACCUACAGGUGUUCAUCGGGACAGCAGACGAUCGUUUUUUGAGACCACAUGCCUUCUACCAGGUGCAUCGGGUAACUGGGAAAACUGUGUCUACUGCCUGCCAGGAAAACAUCAUAACCAGCACCAAAGUUCUCGAAAUACCUCUCCUCCCAGAAAACAGUAUGUCCAACAGCAUUGACUGUGCGGGAAUCUUGAAGUUGAGGAAUUCGGACAUCGAACUCAGGAAAGGAGAGACAGACAUCGGCCGCAAAAACACUCGCGUGAGGAUGGCCUUCCGUGUGCACAUCCCACAGCCCGGAGGCAGGAUGCUGUGUCUGCAGGCCGCCUCGGUUCCUAUAGAAUGCUCCCAGCGGUCGGCCCAGGAACUGCCCCAGGUUGACAGCUUCAGUCCAGUCAGCUGCUCUGUGAAUGGAGGCGAGGAGCUGGUCAUCACAGGCUCAAACAUCUCCCCAGAGUCCAAGGUCAUCUUUGUGGAGAAAGGCCCUGAUGGUCGCACACAGUGGGAAGUUGAUGCAAACGUGAUACAAGAGAAAAGUAACAGUUCCAGCAUUGUGGUGGACAUCCCUGCUUACCACAGUAAGACCGUGACCUCGACAGUCCAGGUGCAGUUCUACGUGUCAAACGGAAAGAGGAAAAGGAGCCAAACUCAGGGCUUCACGUACCUCGGUGCUGCAACACACCACUACCCUGCUGUCGGUGACAGCACCAUCGUCACAAAGCACAUGAAGCAGGAACACAGUGACUUUGACUACGUUCCCCACAAUCCCUCCACCUGUUAUCCAAUCAGCACGCAGCUGCGCCCUACUGACCAAGCUUUUCCUCAGGACACGCCCUUUUAUGGGUCUCCUGAAGACCCAGUGCCUUGUGGGCGUCCUCCCCAGCCGGGGUGCUAUUCCCUGGGCUCCUCUCCUCAGCAACCAUCCCCUCAGCUCCAUGGCUAUCUCACCAAUAUUGGACACCAGCGGAUAAGCCCUAUGCAGGCCGUCAAUCCCAAACCAGCCUCCCUGACUAGGCCGUCAUACAACCCCACACCAUACAGUGUUCCUUACAGUAACCAACCCUGCUCUGUCAUGGCUUCCUGCGGACAUCAGUUCCAUCCACAGAUACAAGCGCAGGCCACAGUGGCUGCCUCUAUGUCCUCGCGGAGAGAAGGCAUGACAUACCAGAGUGCCAUACAGCCCCAGCUAGCUAGCUCUAGUCCCCAGCCGGCCAGCCAAGCCAGGGCCCACGCCCCAGCCCAGGGGUACUCCCUCAGCUACCACUGCUCACACACAGGGUCCGACCAGGCAGAGGCCUCGCACCACACUCUGAAAUACCAUCCCACCAGAGACGUGUCCUCCUCCUACUCUCCUGCCCCUGCAGCGCCAGCCUGCUCCAUCCCCCCAUCAGCCUCCCCCGUGGGGUCCCCCAGACGCCAGGCACCCUCCCUGGGCCCCAGCAGAACCAGCCUGGCCUCAGACCCCCAGAAGACCCUGGACCCUGCCCCCCACUCUCUGUUCUCCAACUCGGGGGACAGGGUGAGCAUCAAGCAGGAACCGGAGGAGAAGCUCCAUGAGAUCACACUGGAUGAUGUGAACGAGAUUAUCGACAGAGACAUAUCUCAGAUUGGCAGUGUUGCAGAGGCUGUCCUGCCAGGACAGGAUCGUUAUGGCUGGGAUCAAACCUCCGGUGAAACCGCUCUACAGUUCUGUGGCCUUCAUUAGCUCUCACCCCUGCUCAGGUGAUAACUGGUGCUGUGCAUUUGGCAGUUAAAUAUGCAUUUGAGUUAAAUAGCUUAUUUUAAAUAGUCAUUGUCAUUUUUAUGGCAAAGGUACAGUGCCUCAACUAGUACUUAGCUAACAGCCUGUCAUACUCACCCUGUUGUGAGGUGAUGCCCAUGUGCUUGCUUAUUUACCACUGCCUCAGGAUUUUAUUACGAUAUUGUUUUGCUGUAAAGAUCUGUUUUAUACCAAAUAUUUCUUGUUUGAAGAGGUACAAUAUGGAAAUACAUUCAAUUACAAUAAAAUGACUGUAGGAUUCAGUUUGCAGCUGCAAUAAUUUAACCUAAUUGGAAAGCCUUAUAUUGGCUAAAUAAUUUAAAUGCUGUGUUCAUGUAUUAUUUAUUGGCAAAUAUGUUAACUAUAAAUCUAUUUUUGAUACUCUUGGUCUUGCAUAUAUAGUAAACAUUAGAUUGGAAUGACAUUUCA